GUCUGAAGAAGGUAAAGCGACAGAAACAACAGAGGCUAUGGAGGUAGAUGAUACUAGCAAUACAGAGACUGACAAGGGAGGACCAGAAACCAAGGAGGCUGAAGAGACCAAUGUAGACCAAUGCAACGAGCUGAGUAAUGAAGAAGCAGAAAAAGCUGAAAAUGAAAAAUCAGAGAUGUCACCAGAACCACCAGUGUUAGAUCCAGAGACCAGCCUUGAUUCUGUGAAAAAGGGAGACGCUGGAAAUGUCAUUGACAUAGAUGCUGCUGAUGCUUCAAAAGAAGGCCCCACGGACAAAGAUGGACAGAAUGCAGAAGACUCCAAAGAUGCUGAAGAUGAGAAUAACGAUGAAACGAAAGUCUGCAGGUGCAUCUAAGAAUGACAAGAAAACCAAGGAAGACGAGGAUGAUGACGUGAUGGUGAUUGAAGAUGAAAAAACAGAACCAGAAGCUAUCGUGUUGGAUGAUGAUGAAGAGGAGGACACUCCUGGAGAAAAGUCCAAAGGUAAAGGGAAAGACAGUUCAUCCUUGGCCACCAUGGACUCCUCUAAUGAUAUGGGGCUGCAGAUAUCAUCAGUGACGAGUGGAGCAGAUGUGAGUGGCCUCCACAUUGCAUCAGUGUCAGGAGGUGGGGAGCCACAGGACAAAGAAUCUGCUGCUAAGACUAGUGCUAAAGAAGGUCAGAAGAAAGCUCAAGAGUCUGUGAAGACCAAGAUAAAACAGGAGCGGACAACUCCUCCCCCUGCAACAUCUGGAAGCCCUGCCACAGGGAAGGGGACAGUUGCAGGUCCCCCUCCUGGGUCGGGAGGCAAGAAGUCCAAGAUGCAGUCCUGUAUCGUGUGUGGCAAGGUUGGUCGGUGCAAGUACAACAUAGUGCGUAAUGGAGAUAUCAAACAUCUGUGUGACGAUACCUGUUUCCGCAAGUUUAGGGCGAACCCAACCAUGUUUUUGAAGAACACCACCUCGGCCCAACAGAAGUCCCCAGGCCAACCAACCACAAGGUCUCAAACAGGUUCCUUGAAACAAACUGCCAAAUCUUCCAACAGCCAAUCAGAAUACAAGACCUGUUCAGUCUGUCAACUGAUGAACAUUAACACCCAAAAGCCGUUUGUACAAUGGAUGAAUGUUGACUUCUGCAGCAAGGUCUGUCUGGCCAAGUACCAGAGUAAUCUCAACUCUUCCUGUUCUUACUGUACAUCUUUUGUGUCUCUGAGUUCCGGGCCCCUCUUCUGCCUGCAAGUUGGCACCGAUUUUAAGACGUUCUGUUCGUCAAAGUGUAGUAAUGAAUACAAGAAGAGACUGCGUCUGUGUGCAUUUUGCCAGAAGGACUUAGCCACUGUCAGUGACUCGUUUUGUGCACCAGUUGACACAAAUAAGUUCCUUGACUUCUGCAGUAAAACUUGUUUGAAGAAAUAUGAGGAAAAGACUAGUGAUGUGGAGAUAAUCGGUGUCGAGAGCACCAGUAAGAAGGGUGGUGGGCAGGGGAAUAGAUGUGCUGUAUGUGCCAAGAGUGGCCAGAUGAAACAUAAUGUCAAACUAAAUGGUGUCAUGAACCGACUGUGUAGUGACCCCUGUUUGUCGGCCUUCCAGUACGCUAACAAGCUUGGUAUGAACACAUGUGACAACUGUGGGGGCCUGUGUCCAAAUGAAGAUGUCGUUUCUCAUUUCAUCCAGUUUGAAGGACAACAGAAACGAUUUUGUAAAGAUGCAUGUGUGAACUUUUUCCGGUCUAAACACAAAAAGAUUGUUGCAUGUGGAUGGUGUGGGACUAAGAAAGUGAACUUUGACAUGAUUGAACGUGUCGAUUCCAACAAUAAGUAUCAGUUGUUUUGCUCUCUCAACUGUCUGUCUCUGUAUCGAGUGAACCUGCAAGCCAAGUCCAACCAAGCAGUGACGUGUGACCACUGUCACAAGUACGUCCCAGCACAGUACCACCUGACUAUGAGUGACGCCUCGGUACGCAACUUCUGUUCCUAUAACUGUGUCAUGUCCUUCCAGUCACAGUUCAGUGCCAAUUCGAAGAAUUCCUCGCAGCCAACCAUUCAUUCCCAACAGAGGGUCCAGCUACAGAACAAGCCAAAUACAAGAGCCUCUAGUGGCAGCUCCCCAGGACAAAGGCCAGUCCAACUCCUUCCCAGUCAUCUCCAAUGUUGUGUCUCUUGCACCACAAGGUGCCAAAGGAAAGUUGAUGUUGUCUGGUCAGAAGCAGCAGACGGUCAACAUCAAGUCCAACACACCAGUGCCAGUAGUGGUCAGCCAAGCUGGAAAGGUAGGAGCAUAAGUGUUGGACCUCAAAGUGUGUCGACGGCGACCCAGCAACAGAUAAUCAUCCAGCCUCCGCCACCAAAACAGAUGAAGAACAAGUCUCUGCUGUGUAAACCCUUUGUUCAGACAAAAGCCACUUCCUGUCGCCCACACACCGUCAGCAAGGAGGUGCAGACAGAUGAGCAUCAAGGCAAGCCAGUGCUGAUACCAGUGCCAGUACCGGUGUAUGUUCCCUGCCCGAUGGCAAUGUAUGCAGCCCCAACUCCGCAGAUGGUACCCAUACCUAUCCCAAUACCAGUCCCCAUAUUUAUACCUACAGCCAAGAAAACAGCAGACAAGAUCCUCAAGCAGAUCAAAGAGAUACGAGAGAAAAUUCCAUCUGAUCCACUGGAGGCCGAGUUGUUGAUGAUGGCGGAAGCUGUUGCUGGGGGCGGCGGCGACUCUGACAGUGAUACUGAUAAAAGUGAUGGAGAACCAUUCCCAGCCAUCACUAAUGACAAAGAUGAUGGUGAUGAUGUGGCACCACUGAUAGAUCGGGGGACACCAGGCGGUGGGGAGGAGGACCUGGUACAGAUGGCACUGCGAAUGGCCGAGGAGAUCACAGGCCCUGUCCUUGACCUUGAGACAAGUGUUGAACCCGUCGCGGUAAAUACAGAUACAACCCUAUGUUUUAAUCUUCUAAACACUUCCCAAUCUGAUGAUCCCCCGCCAGUUCCUCCCCAACCUGACACAAUAAGAAUGAUUGAUGAGGAAGAUGAUGACUAUCUCCCCCCUCGAGAAACACGAUCACGUAGAGGGAAGCGUGGAUCAAGAGGAAGAGGGGCCCGCCAGUCUAAAAGAGCCCGAGUUGAAAUUCCAGAGCCAGAACCUCCAAGUGAGCCAUCUCCCCCACCUCUGGCACCAUCCCUUCCUCCUCCAGAUGCCAAUAUGCACCUCAAAUACACGUAUGGCGUCAAUGCCUGGCGCCACUGGGUCGUCCACAAGAAUACGCUGCUGGAGAAGGUUUCCAAGAGGGGGUCUGGGAAACUAAAGCUGUUCAAGACAGACCUGCUUCAGUGUACUGCAGAUGAGCUCAACUACUCACUGUGUUUGUUUGUCAAGGAAGUGAGGAAGCCAAAUGGAGAGGAGUAUUCUCCCGACAGUAUUUACUACCUCUGUCUAGGUAUUCAGCAAUACUUGUAUGAGAACAGCCGUAUUGACAACAUCUUCACAGACCUGUACUACGAGAAGUUCACAGAGUGUCUCAACGAUGUGCUAGCUAAAUAUGAGCCCAAAGUAAACGCAACAGGUCAGAUGCUGUGUCGGAUAGAGGAGGAGCACAUCUGGGAGUGUAAACAGCUGGGAGCCCACUCACCCUAUGUCCUCCUCAACACUCUCAUAUACUUCAACACCAAACACUUCAUGCUGAAAACAACUGAGGAGCAUAUGAAACUGUCAUUCGCUCACAUACUGAAGCACUGGAAGAAGGGCGGUCCAGGGUCGAAGGUUGUGACAGGUCAAGGUCGGAGUGUCUCUUUGCGGUACUACUGCCUUAACCCAGGAAAUGGCCAGAGCACCCCAAACAAGAAGCCAAAGGAAGGCAUACCAGUUUAUGAGACGUCAGAGAACUUAGAGAACCCUCUAAGAUGUCCUGUCAAACUCUAUGAGUUCUACCUCUCCAAGUGCUCCAGCCCGGAGAGUAUUAAGAACAGGAAUGACAUGUUCUACCUGGUCCCUGAGCGGAGUUGUGUUCCGGACAGUCCUGUCUGGUACUCCACACAGUCCAUCUCAACGGAGUCCAUGAGCAAGAUGCUCAAUAGAAUCCUCCUCGUGAGAGAAAUACAGGAGGCUCACAUACAUGCUCAGCCGAUAUAUGUCUAAACAACAUAAGAAUUGUCUGACUCUGAUAUUCUCCAGGAGCAAUCCUGUUGGAAUCUUUCAGAAACAUCCUCUUGUCAUUCUCCAGGAAUUUUACCCAGGACCAUAUUCCAGUAAAAAAUAUUCUCCAGGAACAUCUUCAAGUAAUAUUCUAAAGAAACUAUUCUCUUGGAUAUUCUCUGUGAAUUGUCAUCUGGGGACAUUUUAUAGUAAUAUUCUCCAGGAAUGUCCACAGGGAACAUCAUUCAAUACUAUUUUCCAGAAACAUACCAUGGAACAGUCUUCAGUAAUAUUCAACAGGAAGGUCCUCUUUGAAUAUCCUUGGUACUAUAUUCCAGGAGCAUUCUAUAGGAACAUCCGUCAGUAAUAUGCUACGAGAACAUCCUCUAUGAAUAUCCUGCAGUACUAUUUUCCAGAAGCAUUCUUUGGAAACACUGAUCAGUACUAUUCUCCAGGAACAUCUUCUGUGAAUAUCCUACAAUACUAUUUUCCAGGAGCAUUCUAUGGGAACAUGUGUCGGUAAUAUUCUACAGGAACAUCCUCUAUGAAUAUCCUUCAGUUCUAUACUCCAGGAGCCUUCUGUGGAAAUAUGUCAGUAAUAUUCUCAAGGAACAUCCUCUAUGAAUAUUCUUCAGUACUCUACUCCAGGAGCAUUCUAUGGGAAUAUCUGUCAGUAAUAUUCUCCUGGAACGUCCUCUGUGAAUAUCCUGCAGUACUCUUCCUUAGCAACAAUCCCCUGGGAAAGUGCUUCAGUGCUGGGAAAGUGCUUCAGUGCUAUGCUCUAGGAAUGUCCUCUUGGAACAUCCAUCUGUAGUAUUCUCCAGGAUCCUUAAUGACAUCGAUAGCUUUAAUACCAUCAUCUUUCACACAGUGCUGUAGUCCAGAUACAUUACUGAAAUCUAGCUACAUCAGGAAUUGGUGACUUUAAGGCUGCUGUGUUGGACUGUCAUGGCUGCAGUUGAUUUGCACUGGUACACUGCCUUAAAAAGCAUGCAUCAUGUAUCAUGAAAGCACUAUCUAGCAAAAUGUGAUGAUCAACACGACUACACGUGUAUCCUGUUUACACCAAUAUCAUGUAUCCGGAGCAUGUAUCCCCCAUGUGUCAGGUGACAUAGUUUGUUAGUCUGUCAGUCCUCUGAAAUAUAUAAAGUUAAUGAUUUUUUUAAUUAAUCAUUUCAAUAUUUAAUGAUUACUAAUGUAUGAAGAAUGUUUGAAAAUCAGGGAAGAACAAAAUAUUUGUGGCAACCAACUAGAUGCUGCUGCUGUCGCUGCUUGUAAGAGUAGACCCAGUGACACAUUUAAGUGUCGUGUUGCUGAUGUCCAAGUGUGGAUGUUGAGGUUGUUGUCGUCACAGGUAUUUCAGAAACAUAUCCCAGGCACAGUUCAAUAUACAUAACUAACCCCAGGAUACUUUCUGUAUUCACAAAUGUACCCAGACUUGACAGUGCUGGCAGCAGUGGUGUCAGGAUACAUACCAAGGUUAGAGAUUUGCUGUUGUAU